CUCCCCGCACCCGCGCUCGGCCCCGCGGAGGACGGCCAUGCCGCCGCGGCGCAGCAUCGUGGAGGUGAAGGUGCUGGACGUGCAGAAGCGGCGGGUGCCCAACAAGCAUUAUGUCUAUAUCAUCCGGGUUACAUGGUCCAGCGGCUCCACGGAGGCCAUUUACCGGCGCUACAGCAAGUUCUUUGACCUCCAGAUGCAGAUGUUGGACAAAUUUCCCAUGGAAGGAGGACAGAAGGAUCCCAAACAGCGGAUCAUUCCCUUUCUGCCAGGCAAAAUUCUCUUCCGACGGAGCCACAUCCGGGACGUGGCCGUCAAACGCCUCAUACCGAUUGAUGAGUACUGUAAGGCCCUGAUCCAGCUGCCCCCCUAUAUCUCUCAGUGUGAUGAGGUGCUGCAGUUCUUUGAGACAAGACCCGAGGACCUGAAUCCCCCCAAAGAGGAGCAUGUUGGGAAAAAGAAAUCUGGGGGUGACCUGACCUCAGUGGACCCCAUGGUCCUGGAGCAGUAUGUGGUGGUGGCAGACUACCAGAAGCAGGAGAGCUCGGAGAUCAGCCUCAGCGUGGGGCAGGUGGUGGACAUCAUUGAGAAGAACGAGUCAGGUUGGUGGUUCGUCAGCACUGCCGAAGAGCAAGGCUGGGUCCCCGCAACCUGCCUGGAAGGGCAGGACGGUAUGCAGGAUGAGUUUUCCCUACAGCCCGAAGAAGAGGAGAAGUACACAGUCAUCUACCCAUACACAGCUCGCGACCAGGAUGAAAUGAAUCUAGAGAGAGGGGCCGUGGUGGAGGUCAUCCAGAAAAACCUGGAAGGCUGGUGGAAGAUCAGGUACCAGGGCAGAGAGGGCUGGGCCCCAGCCUCCUACCUGAAGAAGAACAGUGGGGAGUCCUUACCCCCAAAGCUGGGCCCUGGCUCCUCAGCCCACAGCGGCGUCCUCGACCUGGACGGAGUUUCCCGGCAGCAGAGCUCAGUGGGCCGGGACAGGGAGCUGCUCAACAACCAGAGGGACGGCCGGUUUGAAGGCCGCCCGGUGCCCGACGGUGACAUCAAGCAGAGAUCGCCCAAGAUGAGGCAGAGACCGCCUCCUCGCCGGGAUAUGACCAUACCUCGUGGUCUCAACCUGCCCAAGCCUCCCAUUCCACCCCAAGUGGAGGAAGAGUAUUACACCAUUGCUGAAUUCCAGACAACCAUCCCUGAUGGCAUCAGCUUCCAGGCAGGUCUGAAGGUCGAGGUGAUCGAGAAGAACUUGAGCGGCUGGUGGUACAUUCAGAUUGAAGAUAAGGAAGGAUGGGCCCCAGCAACCUUCAUUGACAAGUAUAAGAAGACCAGCAAUGCCUCAAGACCCAAUUUUCUGGCUCCGUUGCCCAACGAGGUGACCCAGCUCCAUCCAGGGGAUGCAGCAGCCGUGGAGAACAACACGGGCAGUGAGACCAUCGGCCCCUCCCGGCCCCUGCCCGAUGCACCACACGGUGCCGUGGACUCCGGGUUGCCGUGGUCCAAAGACUGGAAGGGUGGCAAGGAGGCCCUGAGGAAGGCCUCUUCCGACAUGUCCUCAUGUGCCGGCUACGAAGAGAUCUCAAGCCCCGACCUGGAGGAGAAGCCCAGCCUCCCUCCCCGCAAAGAAUCCAUCAUCAAGUCGGAAGGGGAGCUGCAGGAGAGGGAGCGGCAGAGGAUGGAACAGCUCAGGGGCUCCUCACCCAAACCUCCAGGCAUGAUUUUGCCAAUGAUUCCAGCUAAACACACCCCCCCAGCCCGGGACAGCAGGAGACCAGAGCCCAAACCUGACAAAAGCAAGUUGUUCCAGCUGAAAAAUGAGAUGGGGCUGGAGUGUGGCCACAAGGUAUUGGCCAAGGAGGUGAAGAAGCCCAACCUCCGACCCAUCUCCAAACCCAAAGCCGACCCAUCAGAGGAGAAGACAGAAGUUAUUCCCCAAAAUCUCUUCUUGAAGUCCAAACCUCAGGUUAGGCCCAAACCAGCUCCUUCCCCCAGGACAGAGCCACCUCAGGGUGAAGAUCAAGUGGACAUCUGCAACCUCAGGAGUAAGCUGAGGCCUGCCAAGUCCCAAGAGAAGCCCUUACUGGAUGGAGAGAGCAGCCACCAGGCUGCCGGGGGCCAAGAUGUGGCCUUCAGCCGGAGUUUCCUCCUAGGUGAUGGGCCUGGCCACACCCAGGACAGGACGGGCAAACAGGAUGGGCUCAGCCCAAAGGAGAUGUCCUGCAGAGCCCCUCCAAGGCCAGCCAAGACCACAGAUCCUGUGCCUAAGAGUGUGCCCGCCCCUCUCCAAGAGGCUCCCCCGCAGAGACCUGUGGUCCUACCCCGGAGACCACCCCCCCCCAAGAAAACCUCCUCAUCCUCCAGGCCCCUCCCAGAGGUCAGAGGUCCACAGCGGGAAGCCAAUGAAGGCAAGGCAGCUCCUGCCCCAGGCCGGGCACUGCUGGUCCCUCCUAAAGCCAAACCUUUUCUGUCCAACUCCUCAGGCGGCCAAGAUGACAUGCGAGGCAAAGGUGGUCUGGGACCACGGAUGGUGGGCAAGAUUGGAGAAAACAGGGAGAAAGUAGCUGCAAGCCCCAUUCCCAACGCUGAUGGCCCGAAGGAUUCUUUAUAUGUGGCCGUGGCCAACUUUGAAGGAGACGGAGAUACCAGCAGCUUCCAGGAAGGGACGGUGUUUGAGGUCCGGGAAAAGAACAGCAGUGGCUGGUGGUUCUGCCAGGUCCUGAGCGGGGCCCCUUCCUGGGAAGGGUGGAUUCCUUCCAACUAUCUCAAAAAGAAGCCGUAGCCGCCUCCUUCCCUGCCUGGCGGUGCUGCGCAUCCCUGCUGGCUUUACCCACAUAUUUAAUAUGCCUCUUAAUUUAUCAUCCUUCAUGCAGCUUCAAAGGAAGGAAGACUCUGGAGUACUGUGGUUUCUUCCCUCCCUUGGGUGGAGAGGAGUCCCUCCCACCACAGCAUGCCCUGGAGGCUCAGAGGCCCCACCCCCUGCUUCCUAUCCACGCCACCAUCCCUGCCUUCCGGCUGGUGGCAUUGUAGGCCACCUAGCAGCAGGACCCUGACUCUCCAAGGCCUCCAAGACCAGAACCAUUGUCUGGAAACUGCAGAAGCAGUCUCGUUGCUGGUACCCCACCCAGUCUGUGACGGCUGGCUCCAACUACUCCGUGUUUCUAAAAGUCCAGGGACUUUAUUUACUCCGUUUCCAAAACGCUUGGUACCAGAAAGAACUCCAUGCCCUGGCAGUUGGCUCCAUUGCCAGUCCCAGAGAGAUGUCCUCCUCGAGGCUCUGGGCCCAUGAGCCUCUCAGGUUCAACCAGAUGCAGCUGCCCCAGGAGUGGGCCUGAAGGUCCACUGAGCCAUUCUGCCUCCCAUCUUCUGUCUUGGGACCCUGACAGAUCCUAAAGGGGUGCUUCCAGCCCCAGCAUGCUUCACUUUCCCCGCGCAGGGCUUUUUAAAUAGGAAUCUCCACCCCACCUUGGGCCAUUUCACUUUUGUCUCCGUCGAGCAAGAAUCUCCAAGUUUGUUUGAAACGAGCCGUUCACAAUCCACACCCCUUGUGAGCACCCUUUUGCUGAGUAGCUAACAGGUGCCAGACUCUGUCCUUGGCACUUGACACUCUUAUUUUAACCCUCACAUCAGUCCUCUCUUGGGAUAUUGCACCUGUUUGAUGGACAGAGAACCUCGGACUCUGUGCCCAAGGGCACACUAGCUAGGAAGAAGGGGAAAGAGGACUUGAGCUGGCCUGACUUCCAUACCUGUGCCCUCCCCCCAGUGGGAGGCUAACCAGGCAGGGAAAGGAAGACGCUGACCUCCAGGAGCAGGUGGCCAAGUGGCUUGCUUGUUGUGUGGGCGAAGGGGCAUUAGUGGCUGCUCCCGUAGCCACCAGCCCUCCGACCCACUGCAGCCUACACUGAGGGGUGCCCCGCACCCUCCACAGCUCCUCCUCCAUGGCCGCGGGGGUGGGGGGCAGUUUGCCCAGAGCUCUGGCGGUUGCCACAGGGCCUCGUUUCCUGCUGCUGUGCAGGUGCCCCCUCUGGGGGAUAAAGCCUGUGGAGCUGAGGUGGUCUCCCGUGCCAGCCUCGAGGGGCCCUGAUGGCGCAAGGACCAGCAGCUGGAUGGCCACAGGCGGACUGCUGCCGCUUCUGCUCCUCUCUGGCGUUCAUAGAAUACUUUCCUCUAUUUCCUUUUUGUGCGUGCCCUCUCCUUGUCUGUCCUCUCACUUCCAUCCGGACAGAAACGGUUCACCGAGGCGCACAGAGGCACAGUGACAUUGCAGAAUUAGAAUCAGGACCCAGGAUUUCUGGCUCCCAGCCCAGAGUUCUUGCCCGUGGGCCAGGCUGCCUGGCGGGUGAGAGGGCACAACCCCUCUUCAUCCCACCUUGCCCUGCAGAAGAGGAUCCAGCUCAGAGAUCUCCAGUUGAGUGUCCAUCUGCUGUGAUGCUCUGGGGACCACAGGGCCAGCUUUCCCGGGGACGCCCACUGUCCGCCUGCAGUGCCAAAGAUUUCGGUGCAAACAGCCCUCUUCUGCUCUCCUCUCUCCCCAUGGCCACAUGGACUCUGGAUGCUUCUACAGGAGAAGGAGCGUUCUCUGAUUCACAGUAGCAUCUUUAUUCCUUCCUUCAGUCGGUCUGUGAACCCCAUCCCCGAGGAUCUUGGGCACAGGGCCCUGAGGUGCUUCUGGCAAUACCCACUUGCCCCUUGGCCCUGUGCCCAGAACCGUGGGGGAGGAUGGCAGGGGAAGAAGGGAGGCUGGGAGAGGGCCACCCACGUCUUAGAGGUCCCCUCACUUGGAAGGAAGCCCAUAGCAUGUUUUCCAGAGUUUUUGACCCACUUUGGCUUAAACAGCUUUUAUGAAGCUGUGUUAUGCAGGAUUUGACUACACUUCAAAAGACAGAACUCAGCCUUUUUUUUUUUUUUUUUCCUGAUUCACUCUCUGCUUUCUGUGACCUUUUCAAGUAUUUUGUGAGCGCCUACCACGUGCUAGGCGCUGGGUAGCCCAGGAUCCAUGUGGCUCCCUGCCUGCCUCUGAGCUACGGUUUUUGUUUGCUGCUUUCACACAAAGGGUUUAUCUUUGGCCUCGUUCCCUCCUCCUGAAGGUCAGCUGGGUGGGAAUAGACUGGUUCCGCCUUUCUGUGGGCAGAAGUGUUCCUGCAAAUGAAAGAACUUGCCUUUUUACUUUAUUAUUAUUAUUGUUGUUAUUCUGAUGUGAACUGAAGGUACUGAAGCCAAUUCCUCUCUGUUCACCGUUCUUUGCUCAGGACACAUCCAUGGCCUGAGGACUCGUCUCUCGGGCUCCGUGUGCCACAGUGGUGGGCACUUGCAUGGGCAACCGGAAGUGGGGAGUCUGGUGGCCGGUGGCUCUCCCUGGCUGUCCUAGCCGGACGACUUAGCUUUACGGCAUCUAGCCCUGUGGCCGCCAUCCGGUGAGCAACCGAUGGAGACUACGCAAAACUCCCCUGAAGUUACGCCCACAGAAAAUGGCCCAGACCACAGGUAUAACUCCCAUGUCAAGCUCCAGGCAGGUCCCUGGUGCUUCAGCUCCCUCCUCUAACUUAACCCUCACGACAGCCCUAUGAGGUGCAUAGGAUCAGCGCUCAGCUGUGGGGAGAAAGUUGAGGUUCACAGGGUGAAGUCACAUGCCCAGUUUCAUCCAAAUCAUGACCACGCUGAGACUUGAAUCCAGGGGUGCCUUCUCCCCGGUGCCCGUGACUGUUCCUCUGCUAACGGCAGCAAAAUGUGCAUGGCAUUUCCAGGGAAGCAGGGGACCCUCCCUCAUAAUUUAAGUUUCUACUCCCUUCACCCCAUGAUCACCCAGGGCAGGAGGUCACAGGCCAAAUGCCAGCCCUAAAGGCGGGCAUGUAAAAACCAUAGCUUAUACUGCGGCUAAAUCUUUGGAAAAUCUGAGUUUUAGGAUCACCACUUGGCAAAAGAGGCCUUCGCAAAAUGUUUCACUCAAAAUCUCUGCCAUUUGAUGGGUUUAUGUCAUUGUCCCAGGCUGAGGCGGGGGAGCUGGGCUCCAACUUGAACCACUUUUAAUGCCCUACCUCACUGAGGAAUUGCUAGAGCCCUUAGCGGGUUUCCAAUAGUCACUUUAAGCCUCCACCACACGGCCUCCCCACGUCACCAAUUUCUUCGGCUAAGUUCUUGGCCUUAAAACAUUUCUGAGUCCACUGGGGAUCUCGUUACCAGGUGGAGUGUAGGAAAACAAACUUGCCACAGGAAAGGACAGGUGCCGAAUCUCCCCACGUUUUGGAAGGUCCUGAGGCUGAGGCAUGGACAGUCUAUAUUGACACAGCCUGCAUCAAGUACAAAGCACUGAGUGGGUUAAAGAAGAAGUUGCGCCUGUCCUCCAAUAGCUGGUAACUCGACGUCACCAAGAACAGGAACAUUUGUGGCUUGGCUGCCAUCCUUUCAUUGUGCCCAAUUCUCUAAGGGUUGGGUCAGGCUGCUCCCUGGGAGGUCUUGCCCUCCUCUUUGGACUGUGGCGGUGGGCACAUAACAGCCUGAGCCGUGCGUGGCAGUCUUGUCCCUCCCCCUUGGUUGUCCCGGCCCAUCAGAGUUUUUGCUGCAAACCAGCCAUACCAUACGAUAGACCAAAGAUUACCUAAUGUCAAACCUUGUGGCCUGGAGGAGUGGGAAGCUGGCUCACAUUGAGGCCUGAGGGUGUCGGAUGCCCUCCGUCAGCCUGGAGGAAUUGCUUCUAACUUGGCUGAGGUUCCGACAUUUAGACAGACCACAGCCUGUGACAGUCCCGGAGUUGCAGAGCUAAAACCCAGAGGCUCCUCGGUCUUCACCUGCUCCUGGACCCCCUACUGGGGACCCUUCCCACAGACUCGAACAUCCAGCUCCGUGGGGUAAUGUCUGGUUUCGGGUGCUACCCUUCUCAUGCGUCAGCAUUCCCUCUUUCCUUCCUGUCUCCGUCCUCCACUCCAAAGUAGGCUCUCAGCGCCAGUCAGGACAAGUGACUCAACUUCUGUUGUCUUUGAAGAGGCCACACCCAGUAGCCGUCACUUUCAGGCCUUCUAUAAACGUCCCAAAGGAGGGGCCCCCCCACCAGGCUUGUUACAGCAAUAAGCAAUUCUGACAUAGCCAAGGUGUCCAUACUUUCCCCCCGUGUGUGCCUGUCUAUGCCCAUGUAACUGUUAAUAGUACCCCUUUCACUCGUGCAGGGGAGAUGAUAAACCAUGGUCACCUUAGCUGUCCCCACAUUUCCCGCUUCCGAGCACCACCAAGUCGCUAGGGCCAUUUCGUGCAUCCCUCCAGGAACAGUGGAGCUCUGACAGCCCCGCCACCUCAUGUCCGCUCAUAGAGUGACGCUGGAGAUCCCGGAGUAUCACGGCCCUCCUCAUGCCCUCUUGGCAGACUGACAAAUGCUGGUGGUGGUUUUUGUUUCCUGUUAACACACAAAAAUACGUGAGGCUAUAAAUGUGAGGGGGGUGGGCUGGCGAACAAUUAGCUCUAGCAUGUAUAGACUAUAUACCGUUAGACUUUCUCUUCUUUCUUUUUUUUUUUUUAAUAAAAAUGCUUGACUGGUUUCAAGCUUCAUUGUGAA